AUGUUUGUGCUUCCGAACAAGAAGGCGGUUCUCGUGGACGUGCCGUACUACUCACCUGAGCUGGCAGCAGAGGUGCGGCGGCAAGCUCCAGGCGGGCUCUCGCACCUCCUGCUGACACACGAUGAUUUUGUGGGCAUGAGCAGCCAUGGCCAGUGGAAGCGGGACUUUCCAGAGCUGGUCCGUGUGGCGCACAGCGACGACUGCAGGGGACAAGGCCUGGAGGCGGAGCUGUCUGGCCGUGGGCCCUGGGAACUUGGGGUUGGCCUCCAGGCUUAUCAUCUUCCAGGACAUUCGGCGGGCUCCCUCUUCUUUGCCAGCCCAGAGCUUUCUGCCCUCUUCACCGGGGACAGCCUGGGAUUCUGGUCGGCGCCUACCGGCUUUCCUGCGUUCUGCCGCUUUGGCCGUGCGCGGCAGGCGGCUUCCCUGCGCGGUUUCGCCCGAGAUGGGCCAUUUCUGCAGGCUGUUCUGCCCAGCCACGGUGAUCCGAUGUACUUCGACAAUGACCACCAGCGCCAAGAGGCCUUCAAUCAAGCUGCCUCUGAGCUGGAGGGGCAUCGCAGGUGA